UCGUCCACCCGUCAGACAAAAGCAAACAUCCAUGCGCUUUCAAUGAACGCCUUCCGAGGCUGAAAAGGGAGCCAUUGGCUUUUCUGCAAUAUCAAUCAUAAUUUAAAACAAUACUUCUUCCUCUUCCUCCUCUUCAUCCUCUUGGCAAGACCUAUCUUCCUCAUAUUUUUAUCGCGUGCCAAGUUUUCCCUGUGCCACUCUUUUCCUGGGAACACAAUACACUCGUUACUAAGUCAGUCACUCGUUCAAGAUGAGGUGGUUCAAGGUUCUUGGACUGGUAGUCCUACCCGCUGUUAAUGCAGUUGCUUCUACGGAUUCCCUCCAGGAUACGGAUCCAGCAAACUCCGGAUACCUCACAAAUCACAACAUCGAUCCUGCAGCGGUUCCAAACUAUACUCUCAAAUGGAGGAUGACCUACAACACCAACGAAGCUUUCUAUGCCAAACCGUUAGUAUGGACUCCGCCAGGUGGUACAGUCGAGCAGGUAAUUACUGUGUCCAAUCAGAACAAUAUCAGGAUUCUUGAUUCAACAUCCGGCGCGACAAUCAAUUCGAGAACACUGGACCCUCCCUUCCUAUCCUCUGAUAGCAUGUGUGGGGAUAUUCCAAACACGAUCGGUAUAAUUAGCACACCUAUCAUCGAUCCUGCCACCAAUAUAAUGUAUCUGAUAUCAAAGGGGUACAUUGGAGGUGCUAGCAGUGGAGGUGCCAUCAAUGGACAGGAUAAAUUUUAUGCUGUUCAGCUCCCAGGGCUCACUGAUGUGCCUGGGUUCCCGACCAUCAUCAGUGGUAAUGCCGACAACGACCCAACAAGAUACUUCAUUGCAGGCACUCUCAAUCAAAGACCAUCAUUGAACGUCAUUGGAAAUACUAUAAUUGCUGGAUUUGGUGGACAUUGCGACAACUUCAACUAUACUGGAAUGGCUUUAGGUAUAAGCAAAACCACGGGCGAUAUUACGGCAAUGAUGGCAAUGAUGGCAAGCCCAGGUGCUCCAAGUCCCCAACCACUUAACAUCUUGACCCAGAACGGAGGCAAGGCUGGUAUAUGGCAAUCCGGUACGGGUCUCGCCGUGGAUAGCACUAAUAGCAGAGUCUUCUUUGUCACUGGCAACGGCAUCGGAAAUGGUGACAACGCUGCAGGUGCUCCAGCCAGUGGCAAAACCCAUAUUAGCACCCUUGAACAAGCGACUGUUGAUGUUGGUGUGAGCGCCAACGGCGCAUUUACCCAACAAGAUUACUUUGCGCCCUACGAGUACGCAUCUUUGAACGGUGGAGACAGAGAUUUUGGAUCAUCAGGAGCUUGCCUUCUUGAUCCAUACUUUUCGGGUGGUGGUGUUAACCGCAUUAUCGUUGCAGGAGGAAAGACAGGAAAAAUCUAUGUUAUGAACGCCGAUAACUUGGGAGGAUUCAAUACAGCCGCUGGAGGUGGAGAUGGAGUUCUUCAGACAAUCCAACAGCCACUUGCUCUACUCAGCGGCGUAGCCAGUUACCCUGCUGAAGGUGGCUACAUCUACUUCGCUCCUUCCGCCGGUCCCUUGUAUGCGUACUCGUUUGGCAUGUGUGGAGGAGUGCCUUGCUUCACGCUUGCUGGCCAAACUGCUAUGAUUUUUGCUGGUCGUGGAGCUCCAACAGUCACGAGCUUGAAUGGAAAAGCCGGAAGUGGUAUUGUCUGGAUGGCCGAUGUCAAUGAUGGUAUCGUUGCUUUCAAUGCGGUGCCUGUCAAUGGUGCCUUGGUCCAAAUCACCUCUCCAGCCACUGGUCGAUUACAGAAGAUGCAACGUCCAGCUUUUGGAAAUGCCGCUGUCUACUCCUCAGAAGUCAAUGAGAUUCUUGCAAUUGGAGGAACUUCUACUGUCACAGAGCCUUCGUUGCAAUGCGCUCCGAAUUCAAUUGCGUUCGGAAGUGUGGUUGACGGUACAACAUCGGUCGUACAACUGACCUGCACUGUUGGUACCAACUCGAUGACAAUCAAAAGUGCGACUACUGGACUUCACAUCUUCCAAUACUCUGGACUGCCAACAGGAACUCUGGCUGCAGGUUCUUCGUUCACUAUCCCGGUUACCAUAAACCUUACCAGCGCGGCUCUGGAGAACACGAGGGUCAUUGAUGGCGUCCAAAUUGUCCCUGGUACCGAGAGUUCGAUCUUGAGUUUUGUGGACUCUCUGGGCUUUACCACCACAGUAUCCCUCAGUGGAAAGGUCGUUGCUUCAGGUGGAUUCCCUGUCAUCACACCUUACACUUUGGAGUUCGGAAGCUCAACUGUGGGCCAGACUGUUGCCAAAACCUUCACGGUCACAAAUGAUGGUGCAGGAACUUUGGUUCUGACUUCUUUUGCCUGGACUGAUCCUAAAGUAACAAAUCCUCCUUCAAAUUCUGUCGUACCGGGCGGUUCUACCAUCAUCGGAAAAGAUUUUACAUCCUCGGACUUCCCGGUCAAUGGAGCCACAAUUGCAUCGGGCGCAACAAUUACCAUUGCUGUCAAUUGGUCGCCAAGCGUUGCGGGAGUAGGGUCAGCUCUAUUGACUUUCACCACCAAUGGCGGAGUCACUGAUAUCAUGUUCACGGGAACUGCAGCCGCGUGCACAACUUGCACCUCAUCAAGUAUGUUGGCUUCUCCAUCUUCAUCUUCUGCGAGCCCCUCUUCAUUAUCUCUUCUAUCCUCCUCAUCCUCGCUAUCUGCAGCACAAUCCUCAUCUACGCUUGUGCUCUUAACGCCAACAUCAUCGUCCCUUCUUGUGUCCUGGUCAUCCUCAUUACCUGUACCGCAGUCCCCGUCCACGCUUCUGCUCUUAACGUCCACGUCGUCAUCCUCUCUUGUAUCCUCGUCAUCCUCAUUAUCUGUACCACAAUCUUCGUCCACGCUUGGACUCUUGACGUUCACAUCGUCCUCUGUCACAGCACUGACGUCUUCUUCACUGCUCUCUAUACCAUCGUCUACUGGAUCCUCCUCGAUGUCCUCACUGUGGUCCUCAAGCGCAUCGAGCAGCCUGAGACCGUCUUCUACACUGCCUUCUUCGAUCAUGUCUACCUCCUCGAUUGUUUCAUCUUCACUUGCUUCUUCCUCGCUGCAGCAGACUUUACAGUCAACAAGCACUUACAUUGUCUCGACAGGGCUUUCCACGUCUACCAAGGGAACGUCAAGUUCUUCGUCCACAAAGCUUUCAACUAGCUCCACGAGCAAGAUCUCAAGCUCUUCGUCGACAAAGCUGUCAUCCAGUUCCUCCACAGCCAAGUCCUCAAGCUCAUCAUCCACCAAGCUUUCAACUAGCUCCUCCACAGCCAAAUCGUCAAGUUUAUCAUCUACCAAACUUUCAACCAGCUCCUCCUCUGUCAAAUCUACGACCUCCUCGAAGUCUUCAUCGACUGUCGGCCCUUCAAGCGUGAAAGCCAGCACCACCAAGUCAACCUCAAGCUUCGUCACAAUGACGAAGUCCUCAUCAGUUACCGUUGCAACUCAAACUGGUGCAUAUAAUUACUUGGGUUGUUACCAGGAAGUCAGCAAUGGAAAGGUUCUUCCCCUUUUACUGGCCAACGACACGAUCACUCCCCAAGUCUGCGAAUCUCUUGUCUUGUCACUCGCAGCCAAGCCAACUCCAACCCACUAUCCAUACUACUAUGUUGAAUAUCACAGAGAGUGCUAUGCUGGUUCCAGCUUGAAUUUCGGAACUGCUGGUGUGACCAGUGUAACUGGCGCACAUGCUUGCACCGAUGUCUGCAGUGGUUCCGUUGGAGCUACAUCCACUGGAACGGCUUUCUGCGGUGGUUGGGCAAUGUUCGAUCUCUAUGCUACAGGAGGAUCCAGCUUACCAUUUGUUCCCGCAACCACACAGAGUGUAUAAAUAGCGAUUUUGUCGAUAGCGAAGGCGUCAUGUUUCCCAGCGGAUGCACACAAUUUUGAAGUUUUAAUGUUUAUUGAAUUGUAUAUAUUUGAAAUUUGAAGGCAAGAAGUG